GCGGGCGCUGGUGCUGCUGCCGCUGCAGGGGCGCCGAAGCUGAAGCCUCCCGCGGCGGGCGCGGGCGCCGCCGCUGCCGCUGGUGCCGGCGCGGCCGCGGCUCCACCAAAACUGAAGCCGGCCGUGGGCGCCGCGGUUGCGGGCGCCGGUGCAGGUGCCGCGCCGCCGAAGCUAAAUCCGGCGGCCGGCGUCGCUGCCGUAGCGGGCGCGGGGGCCGCCGCCGCGGGCGCGCCAAAACUGAAGCCACCGGCAGGCGCCGCCGCGGCGGGCGCGGGGGCCGCUGCUGCUGGGGCUCCGAAACUGAAGCCACCGGCGGCGGGCGUCGCGGCAGGCGCCGGCGCGGCUGCGGGCGCGCCGAAGGACGGUACGGUCGGAGCCGGGGUCGCGGCGGGCGCGCCACCGAAGCUGAAGCCUGCCGCGGCGGGCGCGGGCGCUGCCGCGGGGGUCGCACCGCCGAACAGCGUCGGCGGCGCCGUCGCCGCUGGCGCCCCGAACGAUGCGGUGGGCGCGGGCGUCGCCACGGGUGCGGCUCCGCCAAAACUGAAGCCUCCCGCAGCAGGCGCCGGCGCGGCCGCGGCCGGAGCGCCGAAGCUGAACGCGCCGGCUGCCGGCGCGGGGGCUGCGGCGGCAGCUCCGAAAGCCGGUGCCGCGGGCGUCGCGGCGGGGGCGCCGAACGCCGGCGUAGUAGUGCUAGCAGGUGCCCCAAACGCCGGCGUCGGUGCCGCGGCGCCGCCAAAAGAGAAGGCGGGAGCCGCGGGCGUCGGCGCGGCUGGCGUGGCCGUGGCGCCGAAGGCUGGCGCUGCCGGUGUGGCUGCGGCGCCAAACGCGGGCGUCGUCGUGGGCGCCGCGGCGCCAAAGGCCGGUGCUGCGGGUGUCGCCGCUGGAGCGCCAAAGGCCGGCGCCGCGGGUGUUGCCGCAGCUCCUCCAAAUGAGAACGUAGGUGCUGCGCUGGUGCUGGGCGCGCCAAAUGCAGGCGUGGGCGCGGGCGCCGCGCCAAACGCAGGUGCUGCGGGCGUCGCGGCGGCUCCAAAGCUGAAGCCACCCGCCGGCUUUUGUGCAGCAGCUGCACCAAAUGAGAAAGCCAUCACUUCUGAGUCGGCCGAGAGAGCACUCGUGCCUCGUUAUUUGCAAGCGAAACGCCUACGCUUGCAGCGCGCG